UUGUGAUGUGAUAAUAUCCAAGAUUCAAUAUCAAUGUAGUAGGUCUUUUCCUAGCAUAUUGUUGCGCUCUGUGGUUCGGUAAUGUACCGUGAGUGAACGCCCAGACCGCUCGCCGCUUUUGCUCCGGACGAUCAGGUCGGCCACUUCGCAGCCCUGCACAAGCGGUUAGAAGUCCGCCAUCAAGAGCCGGUAUUGUCUUUUGAACUUUGGGGUCACAAUAUGGCAUCAUAUGGGUAUUUGGAGCAAUCCGAAGAGGAUGCUCUUCACAAGUCGCGCCUCCUCAACGUCGAAGAAAAGCCAUUCAAGCGGAUAUCGAGACGCCUAUUGGACCCUAACUCGUUAGUAGUCACCAACGCUACGCUCCCACCUACACCUCCGCCGGACGACGCAGACGAAGGGGCGACAACCGCCGCCGAAGCCGAAAAACAAAAACGACUCGAAGGAUGGCGCCAUUUUCGCGAGGACGUGACGUUGGACUUUGCUGCAUUUGAAGGAAGCAUCGCGCGCAUCCAGUUCUUGCUUACGAGCAAUGAGAAGGAACGCGAGCGGUAUGCGGCUGAGAAACUUCGGAUCCUUUCUACUAUGGAGGCUGUGCGAGAUAACACGGGGGAGUUACGAGGGCAAUUGGAGGAGGCGCAACGACUUCUGGCUUUGCGGAAGAGCUACGAUGAUCUAGCGGAGAAAAUCACGAGCAACCGACUUCUCAAACCGCGUGGGGACCAGCAAGCGAACCUCCAGAAACUGCAGGCGGAGAUCCUCGACCUGGAGAAGGAGAGCACGGAAUAUGCCGCGACGUGGUCAGACCGACGCGAACAAUUCGGACGUAUCGUUGAGGAAGGAAUGCAACUCCGGCGCCUCAUUCGCGAUGAGAAGGAAGAGGUUGAGCGGAGGGAAGGCAUGCAAGAAGGUGGUGAAGGAGACGAGGGUGAUGCUCCAAAGGGGAAAUCCGAAGCAAACACGCCACGCCCCGAGCAUGACAGCCCUUCCUCUUCGCAAAUGCCAGAUGACACUACUCGGCAGUCUUUACAGGCGGAUAAGUCUGGCGCAACAAGAGCCGUCUCCCCAUUACGACAAGUGACUACGGCUGAGGACAAGCAGGAAAAGUCUGUUGCCGAUCAGGAAGAUACGAACAUGGUAGAUGAGGGUGAGGUGGAGGAAGGAGAAGAAGUGCCCGACAAAAUGGAUACCACAUAAAUAAGGGUAUUCUGCUUUUGUUCAUCACAUCGCAAGGAACGGAGUUUGUUGGGUCUGGUGGCGUUCAUUUUCAGUUAUGGCGGGACCUUUCUUAGUUUAUAUUCAUCUCUUGGUGCAAUUUUGUCUCAUAAUUGAAAUCAAGACUUUUCAAUUCGUAGACACACUAUCUAUGAAAUCUCCCGCUCAGCCGUUUUGGCCUUCGCAAUGGCUUCUUUAGCAGCCGUGAUGUGUUCGACACUGCUCUCAGAGCCCCUCUUACCCUCCUCAAUCUGGCGUCGGGUAUCAAUAUCCACAGCUCUAGUAUAAUAAAAUCCGU